AUGUUCCAUUUUCGAUGUACUGCUUUGAUGCUAGGAGAAAGAGGGGCAGGAAGAGGACAAAAUUAUGACGAAGCAGUUGCUUUCAUCAAGCUAAAAUUUGCUGAACUGAACCUGAAUCCCGACAAAAAGACGAUCUACAUGCACGAAACAUGCGCCACAGACACAAAUCAGGUACAACUUGUCAUAUCCAGUGUGAUUGACACGAUCAUACAGAAGAACCUACAAAAGGCUGGAAUGAUGUGA